CACUGUUUAUUUUGAUUGUGAUUUUUUAAAUUAACGGCACUUAAAUUUUCAGAGACCUGAAAGCUUGACGUUAUCCAACUACAAAAAGCUUCGAAGACACCAUUGUAGUGCAGUAACUGAACGCUACAUAAUAGAAAUACUCAGUGCAACUCAUAUCGCAGAGAAGAAUAUUCUCGUAUAGUCAUAUUUUCCGGAAAUUUAAAGACAGCUUUUAUAUAGAUAUUAUAGUAGAUAGUAGUAUGUCUUUGGUGUCAUCGCAAAAUGUGCCUUGCGUAGUUUUAAAUAAUGGGCGUCAAAUGCCCAUGAUAGGUUUGGGCACAUGGAGAUUGCAACGCAAAGCCUCUGAGGUUGUGCGAGAUGCCAUAGAGGUGGGUUAUAGACACUUUGAUUGCGCCCAUAUUUAUCGCAAUGAACAAGGAGUAGGAGAAGCUUUUAAUGAAUGCAUGGAAAAGGGUGUGAUAAAAAGAGAAGAUAUUUUUGUUACCAGCAAACUAUGGAAUACAUUUCAUCAUCCCUCUAUGGUACGUCAGGCCUUGUAUACUACUCUAGACAAUUUAAAUCUUGACUAUUUGGAUAAUUAUUUAAUUCAUUGGCCUAUGGCCUAUAGAGAUGGCGAAGAUCUUUAUCCCAAAGAUGCCUAUGGCUUUUUGGCUUUCUCCCAAAUCGAUUACAUAGACACCUGGAAAAGUAUGGAGACCUUGGUGGAGGAAGGUCUAAUCCAUAGCAUAGGUUUAUCUAAUUUUAACAUCGCACAAAUUAAACGUAUUUUAAAUGUGGCAGAUAUACCUCCCGCAAAUUUACAAAUUGAAUGUCAUCCAUAUCUCAAUCAAAAAGAACUCAUGCAGUUUUGUAAAGAACACAAUAUAGCCGUUACUGCAUAUAGUCCCUUAGGAUCACCAAGUUCACCUUACAAGAAACCUGGUGAAUUUCCCAUACUUCAAAACCCGACAAUAUUGCAAUUAGCCUCAAAGAGUGGAAAGACACCGGCUCAAAUCUUGAUUCGUUAUCAAUUACAAAGAGGCAAUGUUGUUAUACCAAGAUCAUCCGGCAAGCAGCAUAUGGAGGAAAAUUUAAAAGUAUAUGACUUUACCCUAAGUGAUGAAGAUAUGCAGGUUUUGGAUGGCAUGGAUUUCGGUGGACGUUUUAUGUUAAUGAUUGAUGCUACUGGACAUCCUCAUCAUCCAUUUGAAAAUAAAGCGGAAUUUAGAUAAUUAGCUUGAAAUUAAGAGACAAAUAUACAAAAUUUUAGUAAAACAUAAUUUCCGUCGGAUCACGAGAAGAGUGGGCGAUAAACCAAAACCACCAUUAUUUUAGUAGAAUUAUUUAAGCAAUUGAAGUAUAACAACUCCUCUUCAAUUUAAAUCAAUAUACGUAAACAUUUUCUAUA